CAAAAUAAAAUUUAAAAAAAUUAACAAAUAAAAUUCUAAAGCCCAAUUUAGUCAAAAAGCUCCCUAAAAUCGCAUUUUUUUAUUUUCUAACAAUGCUCCUUGAUCCUCUAAAUCUAGAAGCGACCAAACACCCCAUAAACGACAGUCAGUGCUUUCAUUGAUCAUCAUUUUAUUGCAAUAUUAUUUUUAGAAACUUCCUGCUUUUCUUUAAAUUAAUAAAAGAUAAAUUUGAUUAAAACUGUCUGAAACAGAAGAAAAUUAUGACUUUAGUCAGGGCUGAUCUUUGAAAAACAGAGCAACUAGAAGCUCAGAACAGUUGUAUGAGCUUCCCGGAAAGUGUUAUAAGAAAUUCAAAAAGUGUACAAACUUUAAGUUGCUGAAAUACAAACAGUUGAGAAAUUUAAACGAGGCGAUCCCCCAAUAGGAUCAUGAACAAGGAAGUCAUCCCAGAUAGUUAAUUUUUAAGACUACAUGCCCAGAAUACUGAUUGUGAGAAGAGAAUAAGAAAAACAAUCACAGGCUCAUCUCAAGAUCAUCAGCAUCCAAUGCAGCUGUAUGUACACAACCUACACAACGUAUCAUCAUCUAAAACAGAGAUUUAUUAAUAGCCUCGUAGUUUGUUUAAUUUUUUCCACUAUUUCCCGAAUGUUUCCUCAUUUCCUCCACCCUUAAAUAAAUUCUCUGAUAAGUGGACUUUCCGAUAAGAGGAUUAUCGUGAAAACUUCCACGGUAGUCAGUAAACAAGUUUUCAUGAAAAAUUCUCCACGCUCUAUCGCUCUUUUGGUGACCUUCGGUGGCAACAUGGGGCCAGUUAUCACUUAAAAGAGAUAAAGAGUGUAAAAUCUCUCGAAAAUUUUGGUGGGCUCGUCUUCUCAAGGUUACCCAUUUUACCCACACACAGUCCUCCUCAUAAGACCGGUCAGACGUAUUUUUCUGUUGCCACGCUGUAUUGACUUGCCAGAGUGAGUUUCUUAUUGUCUAACCAGAGGCGGGGCUCAGAGGAACAAAAAAAAACUUUUGGAUUCGUGUGUUAGUGCGGAAAAUCAAGAGGCACACAUUUCCUCUGCCCCGAGUCUCGUAUUGCCACAGAAGUCAACGUCUCUCAGUCGCCGUCAGUUUAUCGCGCGGAGUCUUUGCUAGUAGUGCCACAGCCGGAGCAACAAGUUGUGCAAGAUGACAUCCAAAUCGCAGCCCUUUGACUCCAAUUGCAUGACCCUAACGCGGUUUGUGCUGCAGGAACAGAAGAAAUUUGCAAGUGCCACAGGAGAUCUUUCGCAACUCCUCAACUCCAUCCAGACGGCCGUGAAGGCUGUUAGCUCGGCUGUGAGGAAGGCAGGGAUUGCCAAAUUACAUGGAAUCUCAGGCGAUACCAAUGUCCAGGGAGAGGAAGUGAAGAAACUAGACGUCCUUUCCAAUGAACUCUUCAUCAAUAUGCUGUCCUCCUCCUUCACGACAUGUCUCCUUGUCUCAGAAGAGAAUGAGACGUGCGUCGAGAUCGAGGUGGAUAAGCAGGGAAAGUACAUCGUGUGCUUCGAUCCUCUCGAUGGAUCCUCCAACAUUGACUGCCUCGUGUCCAUUGGUUCAAUCUUUGGCAUUUACCGCAAACAAACCGAAGGAACGCCCACUCUCCAAGAUGCCCUACAGCCAGGAAGACAGAUGGUGGCGGCUGGAUAUGCCCUCUAUGGCUCCGCUACGAUGAUGGUACUGAGUCUGGGUAAUGGGGUAAAUGGAUUCAUGUAUGAUCCCGCCAUUGGGGAAUUCAUCCUCACGGAUCCCAAUAUGAAGAUUCCGGACAAGGGGAAAAUCUAUUCGAUCAACGAAGGCUACGCCCACGACUGGGAUACCGGUGUGUUCAACUAUGUGCGCGACAAGAAGGAUCCGACAAAGGGGAAACCCUACGGAGCUCGCUAUGUGGGCAGUAUGGUGGCUGAUGUGCACCGAACCAUCAAAUACGGCGGAAUCUUCAUCUACCCAGCCACAGCAUCGGCAAAGAGUGGCAAACUCCGUCUUCUCUACGAGUGCAAUCCCAUGGCGUACAUCAUUGAGCAAGCUGGAGGAAAAGCCAGCACCGGAAAGAUUGAUAUUCUCGACGUUGUCCCAACUAAAAUCCACGAAAGAUCACCCAUUUUCUUGGGCUCCAAAUUGGACGUUGAAGAAGCUCUCAGUUACUUAUCUUAAAAAAUAAUGGAUUGACUUGCCUUUAUUUACCUCAGGCCGGCAUGAAUAAAAUCUCCAAUUUUUUCACCCAUA